CCACUGCUCCUGCAAACACCUCAAAAGAGACCUCACUCACAACCACUUCAACCAACAAUGUACCAGACUCUCAGACAACCAGCAAUCACACUCAGACCUCACCUCCAAUCACCCAGUCCACCACCACAAAGAAUCAAACCACUGCAGGCCCUACACCUCCACCGUGUUCUUACAUUGUUACACCUUUCAACACUGGCUUCCAGAUCAACUUUCAAAACUCUCCCCUUGGCAACUACACCAUCAAUGUUAAAGAAAAAGGCCAAAAUGAGACUGGAAACCAUUUUUUUCAGCACACCAAUGGCACUCUGCAUUAUAUCAGCAACCUGAAGCCCUGUACCAACUACGAGCAUGAUGUGGCAUUUAGUAAUGCUGGCAUAGAAACACCCUGUGUGCCCCUCAAUAAUGAAAAUACAAAGAUGACAAACCCAAUGAUUGAAGGCGACAUUAAACCUGGCAGCUGUGACCCUCGAUAUCCUUGUUUCAACACUGACUGGAACAUCACCUCUGUGCAAAUAACAGCAAAUAAUAUAGAAGCCAAAGUGAUGCCAUGCCCAAGUGAUAAUAAAACCUUCUGUAUCAAACCUGGUUUCAAUGACAUUUGCACAAAUUUGACGACUACCUUCACUGCAAAAAUGUGUGGGAACUCUUCCUUUAGCUUCACCCAUAACAUCAGUGCUGCUGAAUUUUUAAGUUCAAGUGAAAUACGUCAGACUAAUCCUAAAGAACUUCCUGCAAACAUAACAGACAAUUUACAUCAGCUUUACCCAAACUGCACCAAUCUCACCAUUGAUUACAUCUGUUCUGGUUCUGGCAAUAACUUCAAGAAUUUGUCUAAGCUGGAGCCUUUCACAGACUACAACUGUACUGGUCAGAUCAAGGAAAACAAUGUCACCAUAAAAAACACGACUGCUAUCCAUGUCAGGGUUGACUGCGAACUUAAAAUUGAAAAUAAAGAACCAACAUCAACCAAUACCUCCAUUGAGUUGAGCUGGACAACAACCAGUCGGAACUGUACAAAGGUCCUUCCCAACCUUGAAAAGCUUUCAUACGACUGCAGAUGUCAUCCUGACAAUUGGAAACAUGUCACAGUUAACAAACCAGAAGGAGGAACAUGUGAAGUUUCUGGACUGACACCAUUCACCGACUAUACCUGUUCAGUCCAACCCAAAUACAACAACCAGCUUGUGUCCAAACCAACUGAAGUUAAACAGAAAACUGGUGUUGGAGUACCAGACGAUGUUGGCAAGUUGUUGCCAAGUGUCCCAGAGCAUAACGUGAUCAAAGUAACCUGUCCUAAUGUGAAAAAUUUCUUUGGGCCUAAAAACAUAUACAUUGCAAAUCUUUUUUAUGAUGGGGCCAUUCAGAAACCACAACAGGAGGGAAAAAAAUGUGAAUUUGAAUUCAAAGAUCUAAGCUACUCUACGGAUUAUGUAGUGGAGGUGGUCGCUUUCAACGGACACUUUUCCAGCAAAACCGUCAGCAGUAAAACAGUUAACACUCUCUACAAUGACAAAGCUGUUAUCGGUUUUCUGGUCUUCCUCAUCAUCCUCACGUCCGUGGCCCUCCUCGUGGUCAUUUACAAAAUCUACAUUCUUCGACACAGGAAGUCUCAUGACAUGACUGAAAACCUGAUGCUUAUUUCACAAUCAAAUGACGAGGACAACUUGCUGACUAUCGAGCCAAUCGCAGCAGAGGUCUUGUUGGACACUUACAAGAGGAAACUUGCUGAUGAGGGAAGACUUUUUCUGGCAGAGUUUCAGAGCAUCCCCCGAAUUUUCUCAAGGUACACCGUGAAAGAAGCCAAAAAGGUCUGCAAUGCCCCCAAGAACCGCUACGUGGACAUCCUACCAUAUGAUUAUAACCGUGUCGGGCUGACCACAGGAAAUGGAGAGACAGGAUGUGACUACAUCAAUGCCAGUUUCAUUGAUGGAUACAAGGAAUCAAAGAAGUACAUUGCAGCUCAAGGGCCAAAAGAAGAGACAGUGAGUGACUUCUGGAGGAUGAUCUGGGAGCAGCAGUCCUCUAUCAUUGUCAUGGUAACACGCUGCGAAGAGGGAAACAGGGUCAAGUGUGCGCAGUACUGGCCGUCUCCAGACCGAGAGACAGAGAUCUACGAGGAGUUUGUCGUGAAGCUGAACUCAGAGGACCACUGCCCCGAUUACACCAUCCGCCAUCUCAGCCUGACUAAUAGGAGAGAGAAGAAUUCAGAGAGAGAGGUGACCCACAUCCAGUUCAUGAGUUGGCCAGACCACGGCGUCCCAGGCGAGCCCCACCUUCUCCUGAAACUGAGACGGCGAGUCAACGCCUUUAAGAACUUCUUCAGCGGCCCCAUCGUCGUCCAUUGCAGCGCUGGAGUGGGCAGGACAGGCACCUACAUUUGCAUUGAUGCCAUGAUGGAGGGUCUGGAGGCAGAGGGCAGAGUGGACAUCUACGGCUACGUUGUCAGACUCCGCAGACAGAGAUGUCUCAUGGUUCAAGUCGAGGCCCAGUACAUCCUGAUUCACCAGGCACUGCUGGAGCACAACCAGUUUGGAGAAACUGAGAUCCCCCUGUCUGAGCUCCACAGUACACUGAGCAUGCUCCAUCAGAAAAACUCAGACAAUGAAUCCACCUUGUUGGACGAGGAGUUUGGGAGACUGCCCAACUUUAAAAACUGGAGGACAUUCAACACAGGGAUCACAGAAGAAAACAAGAGCAAGAAUCGCUCCUCAUCUGUUAUCCCAUACGACUACAACAGAGUGUUGCUGAAGAUGGAUGAAGGACGCAGUCAUGACAGUGAGCACGAUGACGAUGAAGACGAAGAGUCAUCGGACGAAGAGGAUGAGGAGUCCACAAAAUACAUAAAUGCCUCCCACCUUGAGGGCUACUGGAGCUCACGCACCUUCAUCGCAGCACAGACUCCACUGCCAGACACCAUCGCUGACUUCUGGAGCAUGAUUCACCAGAAGAAAGCAUCCACUGUCGUCAUGCUCUCAGACAGCAGUGAGGGUGACGAGGACUCUGUCUAUUGGGAUAAAGAGAAGAAAACAUUUGGGGAAAUUGAGGUGGAGGUGACAAGCACUGACAUCUCCCCAACUUUUGUCAAACGCAACAUGCAGAUCCGCCACGUCAAGAGGAAAGAGGGUCGGUCAGUGAAGCACUUCCAGUUCCUCAAGUGGGUGAACACAGACCUGCCAGAGAAAUCUCAAGAUCUGACAGACAUGAUCAAGGACAUCAAGCAGAGUUGUGGCAGCAACAAAUCACAGGGAAGCUUGCCCAUUGUGGUCCACUGCAAUGAUGGCUCGUCCCGUUCGGGGAUUUUCUGUGCUUUGUGGACCCUGCUGGACAGCGCUGAGAGUGAAAAGCUGGUGGAUGUUUUCCAGGUGGUCAAAACCAUACGCAAGGAGAGACAGGGCAUGUUCAGCAGCAUGGAGCAGUACAAGUACUUGUAUGAUGCAGUGAGGUUGGUCUACCCUGUCCAGAAUGGGGAGGUGAAAGGAGUACAGACAACGGCACAGGCAACAGUACAGGCAGCCGCCUCUGUCCAGAUUGUAAAUGAAACCGAAGCAACACAGCAAUCAGCUGAGAAGGCUGAGAAGGAUGAUAAGGCUGAGCAGUCAGCCAGCAAUACCAUCAGUGAGCAGCAGGGGGAAGCAGAGAGCACUCCUCUAGUGGCUGAUGGAGGGAAGGAAGACAAAAAACAGGAGCCUGAAAAAGGGUCCAGCGGUCCUACAGAGACAACACCACUGGAGGACACCAGCAACGGCACCACUGUCACUGUGGAGGUCUGAGGAUGAGCAGGUGCUCUGCGGUCACCUGUGAAAAAGCGCUUUGGUACAAUGCUUUCUGAUUUUGAAUGUAUAAAUGUAAAGCUUCAACAGUGCGGUUUUGGGGGUGAUUUGAUAAAAAAAUUGAUCAAAUGUUUUCAUGCCAAUCUCCAAAAAAAUAUGAUUUAAGUUAUAGAUAUAUUUUUGUGAGUUCACUAGAAAAUGCUGUUGUCAAACUUUGAGGUCUUUGAUUUACAGUGAAAGGCGUCAACGUAAUCAUUUUGAAUAUAUAAGUUUAUUAUAGAAGCUGUUAUUCUGCAUUCCACAUUACAUUGCAUUUUAGGUUUGAGUUAGCUUUUAUAUCAUUAUAAUUGCUUAAAUAAAGGAUGAUAAUUGAUGUUAUAUACUGUAUUCAACUCAUGUGGUUAAGUUCUAAGUCAUUUUAUUAUAUGAGAGUAAGAUAGUCUUAUCUAUGCAGUACUUGUUUAUUUACUAUUUGCCAUUUUACCUGAUUCAUGUAGUUAAGUUCUUAAUUUGUAACACUGUCAUUUCAUUAAAUAAGAGUAAGAUAGCCUUA